UGCGGGGGCGGGGCGUGGAGGGGACGCCCGCGAGCCCUUCUACACGAAAUGGGAAAGGCUGUUUGCUGCGGCAGCCAUUUUGCGGGAAGGGGAGGCUUUUCCUGUUGCGGCCUGAUUCCAGGACAUUCUCCACAAUUAGGCCAUUCUUCCUGCCUGGUGUCCUUUUGACCUCUUGACCUCUGACUCUAAGGCCCUUAUUCCUCCACCACCACCUCUGCCACCUCCACCCCCUGCCACAGGUGCUGCUCCCCCUCAUGUCUUCGGACUGGAGAAGAGCCAGCUUCUGAAAGAAGCCUUGGAGAAGGCCGGCCCGAACCCUGGGAGCAGAGAAGACGUGAAAAGGCUCCUAAAGCUUCACAAGGACCGUUUCAGAAGUGACUUGCAAUGGAUCCUUUUCUGUGCAGACCUGCCCUCUCUCAUCCAAGAAGGCCCUCAGUGUGGGCUGGUGGCCCUGUGGAUGGCAGGCACUCUCCUGGUGCCCCCCAGGGGAAUCCCCCUGGAGAGACUCGUGCAGAUGGCCAUGGAGAGAGGCUACACAGCCCAGGGAGAGAUGUUCUCUGCUAUGAUGAAGACUUCAACCACGAGCCGUGUCAGCGGAAGGGCCACAAGGCCCACUGGGCAGUGAGCGUAGGGGUCCUGCUUGGUGUGCAGGGUGUGCCAAGCCCCGGCUAUGCUGAGGACCCAGAGCUGCCAGGCCUGUUUCACCCUGUGCCCAGCAUGCCCCGCCAACCACCACCCCUGCCAGAGGAAGGCUCACAGGGAGCGAUCUACCUUCUCUCCAAGCAGGGCAAGAGUUGGCAUUACCAGCUGUGGGACUACAACCAAGUCCAGGAUAGCAACCUGCAGCUGAUAGACUUCUCGCCCUCUCGGGCCACUGAUGGCCGGGUGUAUGUGGUGCCUGCUGGUGGAGUACGGGCUGGCCUCUGUGGCCAGGCUCUGCUCCUCAGACCGUGAGACUCCAGCCACUAGCUUGCUGCAGCCCUGAAAUGGGAUCCAGACCCCAGGUUUUCCCCUGCGUGACUACCCAAGGACUUGGGCUGGAUCUCCUGUGGACCUCCAGCCAGAGAUCCUUCAUUCAGGGUCCACCGCAGCCUAUUCAUUCUUCGGCCUGGGCAUCAUCCCAACUCCCCCAUCCUCAUCCUCUCUGUGUUGAGCACCUACUAUGUGGGUUGGGAUUAGAGCCAGAAGCCAGACAGACAAGCUCCCUCUCCCAGCGGGGAGAGAACAGCUCAGACACCAUGUCCUGUCCACCCCACCUGGAUGUUGCAUCUGUCCGUUUCUCGCUGGUGGUCGCCCUCUUCUGAACCAUUGUCAUCUCUCUGGACAUCUGCCUCACUGGGCCCCUUGCUGCCCCCCAGUAUCUCUUCACAUGGGGUCAGGGCUGAGGGAGCCAAAAAAAACAAAAAAGCAAACUUGGUCUUCUCAACCUUCCUUAGGAGCUUGUGGCAGCUCCUUGUUGCUCAGAGAAUAGGGACUAAACUCCCAGCCCCAGCCCACCUCCUGCCACCAGCCACACUGGCCUUUCAGGACCCUAGUGCAGCCCUCUGCUGACGGUAAACCCUAAACGUUCCCAGUGUGGGAGAGGAAGAGACGUUUCCCUCAAGGUUUUUUUGCCUGGUCUAAUAAGUACAUGAAACAGAUUAGCAAGAAAAUAACCAAAUUUAAUACAUAAUGGGAACCCCACAUACAUGAGAGGUUCUAAGACGGAAAAUGAGGUAUGUAUUGCCUUUCUGAGCUAAGGUUCAUCUUGGGGCUUCAGAGGGAGAAAGGUCAUUGCAGGACGAUAGAGCAGAUGUUCAGCAAUUAGACGUUUACCCUGCUCUGUAGAUAGGUCAGAAAAGGUUAUCUCUGAUAAUCUCGUUAUGGGCAAAGGCCCCUAAUUCAGACUUCUAGGUAGGGGAUGGUGGGGUGGGGGUUUCACUGAGGCUUCAGUCUUGUUUACCCUAGUUCACAACAGUCCACAUACCACGGAGGUACAUCUUGGGGUGACUUGUUCUGAAUCCGUACAACAGCUUGACUCACCAGUUUCCCUCUGGGUUCUGUUUUGUUUUUUUUUAAUGCAUCUGAGUUAAAUGUGCCAACCCCUUUACCUGUGUUAACUCAUUAAAUUUUCCAAUCGUGUAUAUAAGGUAUUAGAUCCUCCCCGUUUUAUAGACAGAGAGACGGGCUUGGAGUGCAGUCACCAGCCUAAGGUCAGAUGACUUGGCAAGUGACAGGGUCAGGAUUCAGACCAGGAAGUUAGUACCUACACAAAUAUAUCUAAAUAGAUACAUGUUUUUAAUUCAUUUAAUGAAUACCGUUGCCUGCCCUUUGAAAGGGGAGAGAACAGGUGUAUUUUAGUCACUGCCAUGUCUGCAGUGCCAAGGAACUUCAGAGACACUACAGCAUAUACAUAGUGUGUUUUGGGGUUUUAGUGUUUAUAAGCAGAAGUGGGGAGGCCUCCAUCCUGGCCGCGGCCCCUUCCCAGCCCUGACAAUGGUGGGCACACUGUCAGGGGCACUGUCUUCGUCGCUGCUCUUACCUGCCUUACGCAGCUCAGAGCCAGGCACAAGAAGGGCUGCUUAGUGAAUUCUCCAAGCCUGCAUCUCCAUUCCAAACUGGUCACUGUCCUGCUAUCCAAGCUCAAGAUUAUGAGUUUUGAGCCCACACACCCCUGACUGAAAAAGUUCCAUGAGGUUGGCUUUGAAUGUUCUGUUAACUGGGGAGUUGUCAUGGGGGAUCGGGUGGCAGUUAAGGGAUGUUGCCCCCAGUUCCCCAGCACUGCCUCAUCUAACAUCUGUCUGGUAUAAAGUUUAAAGGUCAAUAGGUGAGGAGCGUGCCUCCUGAGCCCUGAAAGACCAUGUCAGAACUUUACCUUAGAGGUGCUUGUCCUCCCCUAGCCCAGCCCUGUGGGACUGAAGCCAGUUACAGGUACAAGAGGGGCUGCUCACUUCAGGAUGCUGAGGUCUUUGGCUUAGCCAGCAGCCCCACCCACCCUAAGCACCUGGCCUCAGCCAGGCACUUCUCACAGCAGAGGCCCCGGGGUGGGAUGGGAGCCACCCAAGGACGGCAGCUCUAAUUCCCAAGCUGCCUUCCCUGCCCUGAAAGCCCUUCUCGCCACCUCAGGUGGCUGAAAUAAAGGGCCCCUAAAAGGGUAAGGGGGGACGGGGGAAGUCCAGAGGCUGAGGUGGCGCCCGAGGAGGAAUGAGGUUGUGCUGGUCACAGUUCUGGCACCGGAUGUGGCUGUGGUUUUGGUCUGCAGGGUGUCAGCAGAGUUCUCCCAGGAGUGGGGAGGAUCCAAGGGGCUCUGGGAGGGCAGGAGAGCAGCGGCGGGCCAGUCCCGUGGCAUCACACCCUCCGCAGAGUCUCUGUCAGCACUUGAAGAGCCCCAAAGUGAUGGGGCCAUAACGCUCCCAGGCAGACAAGCCAGCUCCAGCAUUUGUUCACAAAUGAGGUCUGGUCCUCCAGGCACCACAGAUGGAGCUGACUGGUCCCUGGCCUUGAGCCUGCUUCUGGCAGGACGAGGCCUAUGAGCACUGAUUAGAGUCAUUCACAUAGUAAUAGGCGCGUGUCAGGCCAGCACCCUAUAGCAUCUGAAUCGUGUUCUUUCAGGGUAUGUGGUUUAGUUGGGGCCUCCAGCAGCCCCUCGGGAAUCUUCCUUGCUGGUUUGAAGACCCAGUCUGGUUUUGACUCUCAGUGGGACCCAACCGUGUCAUGUCCCCUCUCUAGUCUUUACAACCCCAGUAUCAUGAAAGAGCUGGGCACUACGUGGUCUCCAAGGCCCUUCAGAUCUGUCCUGGGCUUGGGUGGUGUACAACACCUCUCCUGUCCCUGAGGCCAGUGCCUCCAUGGCCAACCUCAGGCCCCUGCAUACCUUGGGGCUCUUCCGGCCAGCCGAGUACCAUCCAAUAAAAAACCUG